GGGGUGGGGGGCGGGUGGUCCCAUAAGUGCGGUGGGACUCGGGUGCAGGGCUGCUCUGGGGGGUAUUCGUGGUAUGGACAUCCCCGCCAGCCGGGGUGAGAUGUGGUGUGCCUGCGGUUUGGAAGUCCCCAGGAGUGUGAGGUUUCCCCCACUCCCCGUUAAUUGAAUACUCACAGUGUUGGAGGUCCCCGAAACAGUGGAGUGCCCUUAGGAUUGUAGGGAUGCUCUAGGAACUAGCAGGUGUGCCACAGUGUAUGGGGGUCUGUGUGAGAAUUGGUGCCCCAGGGAUAAGGGGGUGCUUACAGAGGAAAAUGGUAUCUUGCAAAAUGGAUAAGUCCAGAGCUACAGACCCCCAAAAAUGUGAGGUGACACAGGGAGUGAGGGUAUUCUAGGGGGGCUGUAAUGGUGCCCUGGAGCUGGCGGUUGCCCAAAACUGGGCAGAUGUUCCCACAGAGAAUAGGAGUGUCCUUGAGUCUGUGGGGAUACUCAAGGGAUAUGAUGGUGGCACUUACCAUGUGCCCCAAAAACGUGGGGUACCCCUACGACUGACGAGUAUGGAAAGCCGUGAGGAUGGGGGUGCUCACAGGGUUUGUGAGUGCCUCAGAGUAAUGGGGGUGCAUGGGGAACGGCUUUGUGUGCAGUUCUCCCCUAAAAGCAAUAGGGGAUCUCCUCAUCCACAGAGGGCCUGGGGACAAAUUGGAGACCCCCAGCUGGAGACCUCUGGGGUGCAUCAUCGCAGGCAUGACAAUGAACCCCUGGGUGCACCCCCAGUGCAGCGUGGCCUGGGCCAUCCUGGGACAGGAGGGUGACAGAGGGCUGCGGGCUCCCCUCGGACUGGGAGAGGCAUCUGGGGGGACCACGGAAGGGUCUCUUUGGCUGCCACUUCCGCUUCAUUCUGGGAGAAGAUUUUGCAACAUUUCCUCCCCGGGCAGUAUAAAGUGGGCGGUGGAGGAAAGGCGUACUGGGAGGUGGCACAGCAGCAGGCGCAGGUGAGGGAUCCUCCAGCUGGAAAGACCCCUGGGUCUGGUGCUGCCCUGCAUCCCACCAGGCUUUGUAUGGAGCCCUUUGGGGGUGACAUCUGGAUUUAAACCCAUACCUGUGUGCUUCCCAGUGAGAAACAACUUGGGAGCAGGAGAAGACUGCACAUUUGAGGGGACAGCGACAGCAGCAAGCAGCAAAAUGGAAUCCUUGUCCUACAGUGGGGAUUUCUCCAACAUUUUCUACCUUUACAACUACACCUAUGACUACAGCACAGCCAUGCCUGACACUGCUAUCCUAUCCUCUCCGUGCCGGCCUGAAAGCUCUGUCCUCAACAAGUACCUGGUGGUGGUGAUCUACUGCCUCGUCUUCAUCCUCAGUGUGGUGGGGAAUGGGCUGGUGGUUCUGGUGGUGACCUCCAUCCACACCAGCCGCUCCGUCACCGAUGUCUACCUGCUCAACCUGGCCGUGGCAGACCUGCUCUUCGCUUUGACCCUGCCGCUUUGGGCUGCCUACCGAGCCCACGAGUGGGUCUUUGGCACUGUGAUGUGCAAAGCCAUCUCCGUGCUGCAGGAAGCCAACUUCUACAGUGGCAUCCUUCUGCUGGCCUGCAUUAGUGUGGACCGCUACCUGGCCAUUGUCUAUGCCACACGGGCUGCCACUGAGAAGAGGCACUGGGUGAAGUUUGUCUGCUUGGGCAUCUGGGUCUUCUCCACGCUGCUCUCCCUGCCUGUGCUGCUCUUCCGUGAGGCUUUCCACUCACCCAACAACGGCACCGUGUGCUAUGAGCGCAUCAGUGGCGAGGACACGGCCAAGUGGCGGGUGGUGCUGCGGAUCCUGCCGCAGACGUUCGGCUUCGUCUUGCCCCUCCUGGUGAUGCUCUUCUGCUACGGUGUCACCAUCCACACCCUCCUGCAGACCAAGAAUGCUCAGAAGCAGCGGGCCAUGAAGGUCAUCUUCGCUGUGGUGCUGGUCUUCCUCAUCUGCUGGCUGCCCUACAACAUCACACUGGUGAGCGACACCCUCAUGAGGACGCGGGCCAUUGCCGAGACCUGUGAGAGGAGGAACCGCAUCGACACAGCCCUCUCUGUCACGCAGGUCCUGGGCUUUGCCCACAGCUGCAUCAACCCUAUCAUCUACGCCUUCAUUGGUCAAAAGUUUCGCAACAGCUUCCUCAAGAUCCUGGCGCAGCGUGGGCUGAUCAGCAAGGAUGCUGUUGCCCGCUACGGCCGUGCCUCCUAUGCCUCCACUUCUGGCAAUACAUCCACCACCCUCUGAGCUCUUCUAGGACCCAGCCCUUGUUGGUACCAGCAGGUCCCAGCAGCCCACACAACUCAGCAUCUGCAUCCAGCCCCCUGGAAUGUGGGUGGUGAUGCCAUGGGGGUGGGAAGGGCCACCACUGGAUGCUGGACCCCUACUGGAAGGGGGCUUGGGUGGAGAGGGGGUAGGACCCCAUUGCCAGGGGAGUUAUGUCAAG